GCCAUAUGGCCACUUCCGGUAAAUCCUCCACUUCCUGCUUUAGCAAAUACAAAAUGUUUAAACGUUGUUAGUAGUUGAACAAGUUGAGUCUUCUAAUACAUUAUGAGCAUUCAAGCCCUCUGGGUUGUUCGAAAUCGUUCAACAAGCGGAAAUGAAACUGGGGACUCAGUUUUGUUCUCCAGGUUUUACCAAACAUUUAUCAGAAAGUCAAAACAAAUAGAUGGUGAUCAGUUUGUUCCGAUUCCAAAUAACCCAGAACUUGCUAAAGCUCUUCUGUUUGAGCUUGGACAUACAGCUGAUGGAUUUUCAAAGUUUAUUCAGUCACGAGACAGUUGUCAGAGAGUUGAACAGAAACCUGUAUAUGAGGUAAACACAAGCAAUGGUAAACUUUGGCCUCUUGUUGUUGUAGAACAGCCGGGUUUAGUAUUAUGUUGUUUACCAUUUGUACCCCAGGGAGCAAGUACCAGACCACCCCUUAUAGACAUUCCUGGAGUUACUCUGGGUUUUACCUUGCUGUGUGCUCUUGGGGAUUAUAUUAGAAACAUUGUGAUUUCAGAGUUUGAUCAGAAGAUCAGUGAUAUAUAUGCAUUCCUUACACAAGCUGCUCCAUUUGGCACAGUACUGGACACAACAGUGGACUCUGUACUGGCAAAGAUGACAAAUAGAAUUAGUGCUACACCAAAAACACAAAAGCAACCAGCAUGGAAGCCAGUAUUACAUAAAGCCAAGACUCAAAUGCACUUGGCAAUUACAGAAUUUGUUAGAGCAGUACAGUAUGACAGAGGGAAUAUAGAUGAUGUAUGGGAUGUGUAUGGUACUGUCUCCUGUAAGGCGGAGCUAGAGGGUGCUAUGCCAACUGUUACCAUGACUAUAUCACAAACAACAGAAGGGGAGGUCACUCCACUCAACCAUCUUAUAAUACAUCCAUGUGUUCAAAGUGCUGAUGCAUACAUUUUGGAGGAAGGUAAAGAACGUGCUAUACCAAGGAGAGUUAGAUUUACACCUCCGCUAGAGAAGAUAACUUUGUGUCACUACAAGGUCAACCCAACAAGACAACCACCAAUCACAGGCAGUUUUGAACUGUUUGCAGAAGAGGACAGGGUGAAGAUUAAAGUACAUUUGAGAUUAUCUGAAAAUAUAAAGAAUGCAUUUGAAUACUGUGAGCUACAAAUUCCUUUUGGAAAAAGAGGUCCUUUAACUAUCCAGGAAUCUUCGUUGAAUCAUGGUUCCCUCCUUUUGUCACCUGACAAGUCUGUAGUAGUGUGGAAUAUAGGACAACGGUUCCCAGCAAGACAACCAGAGAUCACUGUGUCUGCUAUUAUACUGCUGGGCAGCAGCCAGGCUAAAUGCACUGGUUCCCUGGAAGAACAGUUCUGUAUUGGUCAGAAUGCUUAUGCUCAGUUAUUCUUCAAGAUAGUUGACUUUACCCAGUCUGGUUGUUUCAUUGAUGCAAAGUCUAUACAGGUUUCACCAACCAUGAAAUAUAAACUGUCAUGUGUUCGAGAGUUUCUGUCAUCAGAGUACAAGUUAUGGAAUGUCCAUGGAGACAGCCUGGUUUCUGCAAUUCCAAAAUGUCUCAGUGAUCACCAGGCUUUUAUAGAAACGUGACACAGUCUGAUCUAUUGAUAAAAUAUUCAUUAAAAAGUGCAAUAUCUACAUUUAAGAAUGUCCUCAUCCAAGACUUGCCAGGUUUUGUUCCACAUGACAUUGAAAACCAAAAAUGGACAUGAUUUAUUUAGGUUUUCCAAAGAUGUAUAGGUUCUGUUAAGAUUGUUAUAUUUUUGACAUUGUAAAUAUAUAUUUGUUUUAUUUUUUGAAAGAUUUAGAUUAUAAAACUUAUCUUAGAAAAGUC